AUGGCCGCCACAGAGCUGAACUGCCAGGUGUCUGAGGAGAACUGCGAGCGCCGAGAGGCCUUCUGGGCAGAAUGGAAGGAUCUGACGCUGUCCAUGCGGCCUGAGGAGGGUUGCUCUCUGCACGAGGAGGAUGCACAGCGGCGUGAGACCUAUCACCGGCAGGGCCAGUGCCAGGCACUGGUGCAGCGUUCCCCCUGGCUGGUGAUGUGGAUGGGCAUCCUUGGCCGUGAGCUGCAGGAGUACCAGCUACCCUACCAGCGGGUGCUGCCAUUGCCCAUCUUCACCCCCACCAAGGUGGGCGCCGCCAAGGAGGAGCGCGAGGACACCCCCCUCCAGCUGCGGGAGCUGCUGGCACUGGAGACGGCCCUCGGUGGCCAGUGUGUGGACCCCCAGGACGUGGCCGAGAUCACCAAGCAGCUGCCCCCUGUGGUGCCUGUCAGCAAGCCUGGCGCUCUCCGCCGAUCCCUGUCCCGUUCCAUGUCCCAGGAAGCACAGAGAGGCUGA